ACCAGUGUUAUAGGUAUCAGACUCGAAUCGGUAAUUGAUCUGAUAAAAAUAAUCAACAUUAUGGGUUCUCUUCCAAACAUAGUAGAGGACUGCAUGGGGUUCCUCAAACUCUACAGUGACGGUUCCAUUUUUCGAUCCAACGACAUCAAAUUUCACGAAACUCCAAUCGAAGACGACACCGUUUCAUUCAAGGACUGUCUUUAUGACAAAAAGUUUAACCUCUUUCUCCGCCUCUACAAGCCUCAAUCCAACAACAACGUUGUUAGGAAUUCGAAGCUCCCUGUGGUGAUGUUCUUCCGAGGUGGAGGCUUCUGUUUCGGUUCACGCACGUGGCCGCACGUGCACAAUUGCUGCAUGCGCCUCGCAUCGGGGCUGAAGGCGGUGGUGGUCACGCCGGACUACAGGCUGGCGCCGGAGCACCGGCUACCUGCGGCGGUGGAAGACGCCGUGGAGGCGGUGAGAUGGCUGCAGAGGCAAGCGCUGAGUGUUUGUGGCGAUGCAUGGUUGAGUAACGGUGACGUUGACUUUGACCGCGUUUUUAUAAUGGGUGACUCGAGUGGCGGAAACAUUGCGCACCACCUGGCGGUUCGGUUCGGACCCGGUUCGAGAGAGAUAAAACCAGUUCGAGUACGAGGUUACGUGCUGUUGGCGCCAUUUUUUGGCGGGGUUGUUCGGACCAAGUCCGAGGAGGGUCCAUCGGAGCACAUGCUCACUCUUGACUUACUUGACAGAUUUUGGAGGCUUUCGCUGCCUGUUGGAGAGAGCAGAGACCAUCCAUUUGCAAAUCCAUUUGGAGUUUGUGGAAAUAAUCUUAGAGAAUUGAAGCUUGAUCCUAUGCUUGUUAUGGUUGGUGGCAACGAAUUGCUUAAGGAUAGGGCAAAAGAUUACGCAAACAAGUUAAAAGAAUUAGGGAAGAACAUUGAAUAUGUUGAGUUUGAUGGCUGCCAACAUGGUUUUUUCACUCAUCAUUCAUACUCUCAAGUGGCAAAUCAAGUCAUCCAAAUCCUCACAAGAUUCAUGCUUCAACUUAAUUAAUUUCUAGUCAGAACAAGAAAUUAAUUUAUCGAAGACACGCCUCAAAAGAAGAAACAAAAUAAAUAAUUAAUAAUCAAAUAAAGGCGUCCUAAUAGAUAAGCCAUAAUAUUUUUAGUUUUUUAGUACAUAAAGUACGUAGUUUAUAUGUUGUUGAUCAAGCUUAUUAAAGUAGUCUGUGAGAAUGAAUUAUGUCAAUUUUAUUGGUAUCCAUAUUGACCUUUAAUUUCUUAAA